UGUAUACGAAAGACGUGACUACGCUUAGUCGAUUUGAAAAGUUUUAAAUUACGGUAAAUUUGUAUACCAAAAUUUUUUUGAAAAUUAUAAGUUCUUUGAAUAAAAGUUUGUGUUAAUAAAAUAGAAUAGAAAGAUGAUUUUGGAGAAGCAAGAAGAAAUAUUUGAGCACAACUACAACCGCAUCAAAGUGCUCUUUAGAGCCGCGUACUCAAUUGGAGUAAACUUGAUGGCGCCCAGUAAAAUUAAGGAUGCAUUAAAAAUUGUUCAUGUUGGGUUGAUAAUGCUCGCCUUUUUAUCUGUGUAUACACAGUAUUGUUAUCUGAUGCGAAAUAUCAACAGCAUACCACUUAUAGCCGAGUCGAUUUACACCGCUUUGCAAGUGCUAAGUGGCACUUCUAAAUUGAUAUAUUUCUUCUUCACACAUCGUACAUUCUACCGCCUGCUGGACCAGACUUUGACACAUGACAUAAUAUACCAAAUGGAAAUAUUCCAACAUGAUUUUCCUAUAAACCAAAUGUUGAAGCGAGAGAUCGAUGUCAUAAUGAAUAGAGUUUGGCGUACUACUCGUUUUCUGGUUUUAUUAUUUUUCUAUGCUUGUUUUACUGUUUUUGCCAAUUAUCUUGUUGCCGCCAUCCUCAUCAAUCUCUAUCAUCAGCUGAAGGAAACACCCGAUUAUCAAUUUAUACUCCCUUUGCCUGCACUCUAUACAUUUUGGGAAAGCAAAGGCAUGACAUUCCCCUAUUAUCAUAUGCAAAUGUUUAUUACUACCGCCGCGAUGCAUGUUUCUGCGAUGACUGGGGCAAGUUUCGAUGGUACCUUCGUGGUGCUAUGUCAGCAUGCUGCCGGAUUGAUGGAGGUUCACAAUUUGUUGGUGCAACACGCCACUUCACCAGAUAUACCGCCUGAGAGGCGUGUUGAAUAUCUACGAUAUGUCAUAAAGACAUAUCAGCGAGUAAAUAAUUUUAUGCUGGAGAUUCAAACAAUUUACAGACACAUCAGCCUGGCGCAGUUCUUGCUUAGCUUGAUUUCUUUUGGAUUUAUGUUAUUCGAGGCUAAUUAUGGCAUAAGACCCAACGUAAAUAACUUAAUUCGUAUGAUAAUGUACAUUAUGGCGACAGGCACUCAAAUCACCAUAUACUGUUACCACGGUCAGGCACUAACUAAUGUGAAUGAAGAAAUUCCAGUAGUUUACUACAACUGUAACUGGUAUGACGAGAACAAAACCUUCAAACACCUCAUACGGAUGAUGAUAAUGCGCACAAAUAAAGAUUUCUAUUUGGAAGUAUCAUGGUUUACGCUCAUGAACUUCGCCACCUUGAUUAGUUUAUUUCGUGCGAGUGGUUCCUACUAUUUGAUAUUGAAGAAUUUCCAAGAGGAUUAAUUUUGUCGUUUUGAAUUCGAUUAUCACUUAUAAUUAAUAUUAAUUUACACAUAUUUAAAUAAAAGUAG